GGUUCGUUUGGCUCCCUGAGAGGUAUUCGCCAGUCUGUUAUUAUGAGAGUCUGUAGUAGAAACGAUAUAGCUCUGGAAAUAACAAAAGUCGUCUUCAUGGAAAUAUGUUGUUUGCAUCUAUGAAGGUACAACCAUAUGUUCAAUCAAAACGAAAGUGAAUAAAAAAAUGAAAUAAUAUCAACAAUCAAUCACCGAAGCUUACGAACAAAUCACUGCACUUUUUCUUAGUAGAACCAGAAACAAUUUUACAAUCUACACCUCAUCUAAUUUCAAUUGAAAUUCGUGUGACAAUGCACCUGUUGAUUCGACGUCAAAACGAAAACAUGCCAAAUACGGUCGACAUUCACUACAAUUUCAGAUCUUCCCCUCAAUUAUUGAUCAAAUAAUAGCGCAGUUUAGGAAAACCCGAGCAUUUCGAAACAUGACGCAUAUUGAAAAUUUCCCUAACGAGCUGUUGGAGAAAAUCUUCCUAUUUUUACCGGUGGAAGAUUUGGAAAGUACGGCUCUGGUUUGUUCCUCUUGGAAGAAUAUAAUUCUCACUGUUAUAAUUCCGAAACAUGUUCUGAUUCACAUAAAACCAGUACACCCGGUAACUCAUCAACUAAUGGCGCUUCCUGCUCUACUAUCGUCGCAAGCAAUGAAUCCUUUUCCAAAAUUCAAUUACAAAAUCACCAUAGCCAACGAAGAACAUGCAAGUUCGCCUGAAUAUAUCGACUUUUUUCAGCAUCGUGGAGCGAGUCUCAAAUCUUUAAGUUUGCAAAUAAUGCAGUUAACAGAACCAAUACUGAAGACAUUUCCCUACCUGUGCAAAUUAGAAGAAAUUUCUCUGACUACAGAAUCAGAUGAUCUGUAUGCUCCGCAACCUCAGAACCCCGAGCUCUAUCUAUCGUCCCUGAAAAAUCUCCAAUCCCUUAAAUUAACUCUUCCAAACUAUGUUAUCCUGCGAAAUGCUUCGUCACUGUCGGCUGCUCCUUUACACCACAUCGCACUGGAACGCUUCGAAAUAGAACUUCAUCACCUGAAACCAUUGCUCGAACCUCACGCGAGUACACUGCGUCAGCUGACCGUGAGGGUGGAUGAAAUGAAACCAUUCCUGCAGUAUCUGAACUCUCUCGGGAGCCUAAAAUUGGAAAGAUUGAACAUCAAAAGCGGUGGGAACGAUGACGACUUUACCGAGGCUCUCAUCCAGCUGUUCGAUCAGCAGCCACACUUGCGAACGUUGAAAAUUGGUUCCGAGCUGUCACUGCGUGCCGUGGCCGCCAUUCCGCGAAUGCUGUUCGAUUUGGAAGAACUCGAAUUCAUCGCCGAGAGUAUCCAUGACUGUAGAGCAUUCGUCGAACUGAAGCAUCUGCGUAAGCUCACGAUGUCGCUGUACGACGUACGUGCCUGGGAUGAAACAGUUUCCCUCGUGAGUGUCGUUGAUUUCUCACUGUCCGUCACGUUUCCGCUCAUCUCGCCGGCGAUCUUCUGUUCCUUUCCUAAUAUGAAACGAUUCUAUCUUGAGGAUGUCGAUGACGACUCAUUGAUGCGGGAUAUUGUGGUUGUUCAGACACUGCUCAAACAAAUACAGGACGUAGAAUAUCUGGACUUGGAAAAUUUUGUGCUGAAAGAGCGUGAAAUAUUGAACGAAAGCGUGGCACGCUUCGAUACGCUUCCCAGAUUGAAAAUGUUGAAAUAUAGCUGUCGUGACAUGUCCGACGCUUCGCUCCUGACGAUGGAUCUUCCCGAGUUGCGCGAGCUCUAUCUGACACAUUGCCCGGGAGUUACGUUCAAAGGGAUUUCGUUUAUAACCAGAGCUUGUCCGAUGAUAGAAACACUACACGUGGAAUUCAAUAAAACCGGAUUCGACGACAAUUGCAUGGAUCUUAUUACCAGAAAACUAAUUCGGCUGCGACGGCUGUAUUUGAUCAACCUGAGAGGGUUGACAAACGAAACGAUUGAAUUGGUUACGGUUAACUGUCAACGAUUGCGGGAAUUGACAUUCUCGUAUUGCAUUGGAAUUUCUAUGGAAAAAGCGGAUGCCAUCGAGAAGUUAAGUUCUAUUAAAACAUUGCGGAAUUUGAUUUACAGCUGAACUACUUCCAAAGCGAUGGGAAAAUCCUUGGCUUGCAGGAAACCACGAAACUAUAGAUUUCACUGAACAAUUUCGCUCGAGUUAUGCCCACAGGUUUCAAGCUUUAAAUGAGUAGCAUUUUUUUGGUAGGUCAAAUGAUUGAGAGAAUGCAAUUAGAGAUGCUAUCAGCGGUGAUAAACAUAUAUAUUCCUGUUAUCAAGAAUAGAAAAAAAAAUGACUAUUGUUUUUCGAACAGAAAGAAAAGAAUUUGUGGAAUAUAGGGGAAUCGUACCAAUAGUCAUCAGCAAUCAAACCAACCAGCACCAAUAGUCAACGUAUUACGUUGUAAUCGGUCGAUGUAUUUUCGCUUUGGUUCAUAGAAGCAG